AUGCUCAGUGUGGUGAAGAAGGAUAGAGAGUGGGCUUUGUCUCUUAUGAGAUUUUUGCUUUGGGAAAGGCUCGCUGCUCCUUUGUGUUCAAUGGUUAAUUAUGUGAUUGAUCCCCACCGUGUAAUCCAAAAUGUGGUGUCAGCUGCUAUGAAGUAUACCCAGGCUAAUUCUCCUGUAAGUGAUCGGCAAGCGGUGGCUUUGGUUGAUGAGGGAGAGGAUUCUUCUUGGCAACCCCCAAAAACCUGGCUACUUAAAACUUAA